CUCACAGGGAGGAGCUUUCAGAGAGGGGAGCGAGAGAAACUGACUGGAGCCAGAAUCAGAGGCUGAGAAGUGUCUUUAGGACAGAGAAAUACAUAACUGGAUUGGUGGGAAAGCGAUCGUCUUCUCGUGGGGGAAUCAGCGGGCACCUGGGAGGCUGAAAUAACCGAGCCCCUGCAAAAAACCCGAGCCCUUGUCUGGAUCUGCCUACCAACCAGAUGGAAAAAUUUAAAGCUCUAGAACAGCUACUUACGGAACUUGAGGAUUUUCUGAAGAUACUGGAUGAAGAGAACCUCAGCAGCACAGCUGUAGUGAAAAAAUGCUUCCUUUCUGACCUCCUGCGAGUGUACACAAAGACAAGCAGUGGUGAUGAGGAAUACAUUUACAUGAACAAAGUGACCUCGGUUAAACAAAAGGAUGGACAGGAGAAAGAAGGUAGAGCACUGGAUUGCGGAGAGUCUUUGUCCAAUGGGGAAUCAGGACACCAUUCAUCUCCUCCUCAGAAGAGUCUGCCGGACCUUCCUCCUCCAAAAAUAAUUGCAGAAACGAAACUGCCUUCGAUCCCCAAGAUUGAGUCUCCAGAGGCAUAUUAUGAAGAGGCUGAGCCAUAUGAUAUCUCUGUGAAUGACGGAGAAGCAGUCAGCAGCUCAUACGAAUCCUAUGAUGAAGAAGAGAGCAGCAAAGGGAAGUCAGCAACCCACCAAUGGCCAUCCACUGAAGCCACCAUUGAGCUGAUGAAAGAUGCCCGCAUCUGUGCUUUUCUCUGGAGGAAGAAAUGGCUGGGACAGUGGGCCAAACAGCUGUGUGUCAUUAAGGACACUAGAUUGCUGUGCUACAAGAGCUCCAAGGACCACACCCCUCAGCUUGAUGUGAACUUGCUGGGCUGCAGUGUCAUACACAAGGAAAAGCAAGUGAAGAAGAAAGAACACAAGCUGAAGAUCAUUCCGAUGACCUCAGAUGUGAUUGUGCUGGGCUUGCAGAGCAAGGACCAGGCCGAGCAGUGGCUCAGAGUAAUCCAAGAGACCAGUGGCCUUCAGUCUGAAGGAGUGGGUGAAGGAAAUCAAUAUGUUCCAGACUCCCACCGUCUUAGUUACCUCAAGGCGGACUUGUCCGAGAGGCAUUCUGUGGCGUCAGAGAGCGGGAGCAGCACGGACGGUCACCCGGAAUCCAUUGAAACAAAAGAUGUCAAGAAGAAGGGUACAACUGGCCUUAAACUGAGCAACCUGAUGAACCUUGGGAGAAAAAAAUCCAACUCAUUGGAGAGUCCAGAGAGGACACUAGAAACUUCCAGUUACCUGAACAUACUAGUGAACAGCCAGUGGAGAUCCCGAUGGUGUCACAUCAAAAAUGGUCACCUCCAUUUCUACCAGGACAAGAAUAGAAGUAAAUCUGCACAGCAACCUCUGAGUCUGGUGGGCUGUGAAAUUAUUCCAGACCCCACCCCUGACCAUCUCUAUUCUUUCCGUAUUCUGCACAGUGGGGAAGAACUAGCCAAAUUAGAGGCCAAGUCGUCUGAGGAAAUGGGCCAUUGGCUGGGCCUCCUCUUAUCAGAGUCAGGCUCGAAAACAGACCCAGAAGAAUUCACCUAUGAUUAUGUUGAUGCUGACAGGAUUUCCUGCAUCGUGAGUGCUGCAAAGAAUUCAUUCUUCUUAAUGCAAAGGAAGUGCUGUGAGCCCAACACCUAUAUCGAUAACCUGCCGAAGAUAAGGACCCAGGAGGAGGAACUCUAUGAUGAUGUGGACCCGCCGGAAGGAACCAUGGAAGAAAUACCCCAAAGCGAAAGGAAAGACGAAGAGGACCCAGACAAAGUGUACCUAGACCUCACACCGGUUAAAUCCUUCCUGCACUCUGCUGGCAGGAAACCGGCACAGACGUCACCUCCACUCUCUCCAUCUGUUGACUAUGGAACGGAAACACCCCUAUUGGCUAAGGAAGCAGAGCCCCGUAGAACAUCAAUGGAAAUCCCAGACCAGACACUUCAGGAGAAGAUGGAGCCGGAAGAGUCACCAUCAAAGACAACCACUGUCAAAAUCCAGAUGCAGCAGCAGAAAAUCGCCUUCCCCCAGAGCAGUUCUGACAUCAAAGCCUCUCGCACAGUUACAGCCAGUCCACAGUUAGCGUCGGUGCCCAGAGAGAAAGUGGAAUGGCCCAAGGUGGCAAAUACAGUGCCUGUAGAAACCAAACUGGGCAAGAACAGGAUGGAAGCUGAGGUGAAGCGGUACACAGAGGAGAAGGAGCGGCUGGAGAAGGAAAAGGAGGAAAUCCGGUCUCAGCUGACCCAGCUUCGGAAGGAGAGACGGGAGCUGAAAGAGACGUUAGCUAGCUGCCCAGAUAGCAGCCUGGUGGCUAAUGUGGAGCAGAAGCUGAAGGAAAUAGAUGAGGAGUGCAAAAAGAAAGAGAGCAGGAGGGUUGACCUGGAGCUGAGCCUUGUGGAAGUGAAAGAGAACCUGAAGAAAGCAGAGUCUGGCCCGGUGACACUUGGCACAACUGUGGACACCACACACCUGGAGAACGCAAGCCCCAAGGUCAAAAUGGCCAGCCCGACAAGUAGCCCAGAGCACUCCCCGGUCAACUCGGCAACAGCUUUAAAAAACAGGCCUUUAUCCAUCAUGGUUACAGGGAAAGGGACAGUUCUACAGAAAGCUAAGGUAAGGCCCAGUUUAACGUGGGGAGCAAAACGAAUCCCCUUGGAACAGAUGCGUAUACUCAGCAUCAUUAGGUUCCAUUCUCUUCUUUCAAAAUCCUUUGCUUCCAGUCUUGCCUUCUGAGCACUGGGAAGCGGCUGCAGAUUGCGAUUGACCUGUGACGGGCAGGAAUGAGACCCGUUCUUCUGCGCCUUGGGCCGUUGCUCAGAGCUGAUUUGCCUUGGUAAUGGUUUUGCCUUGGUGGGCGUCUGCAUCCUGACAGGCAUCUUCAUCUUCUAACUGCAAUUUAACUUCCUUGCUAUGGCUCUUAGAACACUUUCUGUAUUUACACAACCACGCUGAGCUGAGCAGUAUCGGUCAUGCUGAAGGCAGCACAAUGUAAAAACCCAAGCAUUAACAAUCUAUCCGUUGAACGUUCCCUUCUUCAGAAACUUGCCUGAUCUUUGAAGCACAGCGAGGGAAGGUGAAGACAGCUCACGUUGUAUGCGUAGGACACAAGACAGGAGCAGCUUCCCAGCUUCACGCCCUGCGUGACCUUGAGACAGCAAUUUAACCCCUCUCAGCCUCAGCGGGCACUUCUGUAAAAGGGUGUGUGUGUGUGAUAUGUGGUGGCCUCGGUUAAGUAGAGGACCACACAAACACUAGAGA